UGUGUUUCCAUACAUGAUACCGGCCAACACUCACUGACUCAGAACAUGGGGAUAACAGUAGACUUUCACGAGGAUGGAUGUGCUAUUAUAACAAUGAGAAAUGGACAAAACAGGUGGAACCCGACAUCACUUAAACAAUUCAAAGAAGCUUUAGACGAGGUGGAAAGGAAGGACAGUGUUAAAAUUCUAGUCACGACUGGAGUGGGCAAAUUUUACAGCAAUGGCAUAGACCUGGACUAUUUGAAGGCUCAUGAGAGCGAGAGGGAGCAGUUUUUAAACGACCUGGUUGAGUUUUUCUGGAGGCUUAUGUACUUCCCUCUCCCUACUGUGGCAGCCAUUAAUGGCCAUUGCUUUGCCGGUGGAGCUUUCUUUGCAUUGUGCCAUGAUUACCGAGUGAUGAGGUCAGACCGCGGAUGGAUAUCUUUGAAUGAAGUUCUGAUACAUCUCCGCAUAACUGGCCCAUUUAGGGACGUUUUACAACAUAAAAUGAAUGCUGAAGCACUACGAGAAUCAACCAUUUUUGCUAAGAGAAUAACUGGCCCGGAAGCUGUUCGAUUAAAGAUGGUGGACGCAACUGCAGCGGAGUCUGAUUUAAUUUCCAAAAGCAAAAGUGUGGGGUUUGAAGCCUUGGGCAGCAAUGUUAUUCAGCGGGUCGACUUACACAACAUGAAAAAAGAUUUAUUCCCUCGCAGUGACGUUCAAAGAAAAUCUAAUCUCUAGAACCUAAAUCUAGCAUUAAUUGAUACUUUGCAUUAUGUACAUGUAUAAUAUGGACAAAGUGAGCAAGCAUUCGAGGAAGAGAAGAUGCUUCCAGGGCUCAAGCAGUUUGCAUAAGUGAAAGGGAUGCCAUAUAAGCCAAGACAUGAUGCCUAUAUAUCUUCUACAUUUUUAAUCAGAUGCCAUUAUCAAUAACGGCAAAUAAAUACUUUUUAAAAAGGUU